AGAUGCAAAAUUCGAGGGUACCGCCGUUUUCUGAAGCGAAGAGAAAGAAGAUUCCGGCUCCGAAACAGCAACCCUUGACCCAGUUACCACCAAGAAUCGGGAAAAAGGCUUCAACGAGGAGAAAACAAGAACAGUUUUAUGCAAUUUCUCAUCAGCCUGAGAUGAGUAAUUCAGACUCAUCUCCCGGAAACGAGUACAGAGCAUUGAGGCGCAAGUAUUUGCUGCUGGAGGAAGAAAGCUUCGCGUUGGAGAGAGAGUUGAAGGAAGCUGAAGAUGAGGUUAAGGCACUUGAAGGUGAGAAAUUUGAGCUCUUGGACAAACUCGUUGUAAUGGAAGCGUCCCUUCCGGCAACUUUUUGUCUAAGCCAUGGUGAUGAGUGUUGCAAUCGUUCACCCACCACCAAAUCAUCAUUAUUUCCAUGCCAUUCUCUGGCCGUGAAGAAGAACCUAAUGGGUCACUCGCUGCACUACGAGCGUAGUACAGUGACGAGGAGAUUGGUCGUGACGGCUGCGACGGAGGGAUCCAGAAAAUCCAAAGAGAGUCAACCGUCUUGGGCGAAUCCUGACUCGGAUGAGCCACCUCCUUGGGCUAGAGACGAAGGUCGUUCUUCUACAUCUCAAGAGAGCGUUGAGAUUCCCUUCUACGUUUAUCUGCUAGCCUCGGCAAUCACUGCCAUUGCUGCUAUUGGUUCUGUCUUUGAGUACACGAGUAAGAAUCCAGUGUUCGGGGUCUUGGAAUCUGACAGCAUCUUUUAUGCUCCGGUGCUUGGAUUCUUUGCUUUUACUGGAAUCCCCACUUCUGAAGAUUGGAAUCAGAAC